AUCGGCUUGUAGUAUCUAAGUAAACAGGCUGCAAGGAGUAUUUGUUUUUCCAAUCAGUGCAGGUUUGGAAUACCUAAAGUGUUAACUUGUUUGUGAAACCGUUCGUGAUGUAAACAAUGAAACAAAACCUCCGACGACAAGUUAAGAUCGAAUUGAUUGUUUCGAAUCGUAAGUGCGCGUAAAGACUUUCGUAGUUUGUGUGUGAGUGUUUGUUUGUGCAAAAUCGCAAAAAAAAAACAGGAAUCAAAAUGCUUGCUGCUCAAAAAUUAUAUCCGGACGUUAGCAGCAUGUCGACAUCGGCUAAUGCUAUGACGCCAAUGACUCCUACGUAUUCCAUGAACUCCAUGUCGUGUGUUCCCAUGACUUCAAUGAAUUGUUCGCCACAAGGAUCUGUGUUUGGAUCUAGUAUGUUGUCCUCUGACAUGACUAAUAAUAAUAUGGCAAUGAAUGCCAGGAUUCAUCAAAGACAGCCAGUUUUAAAUGAUUCUCCACAACUCGGUUAUACAGCAAUCGGAUCUCCAAUAUCCCAUCAAAUGGCUUCUUGUAUGGGCACAUCGAUGUCGGGAAUUCCUUAUAACCAAUUAGGGAGUAGAGGUGAUUUAACUGGUGGUGAUACUUCGCCUAACGGCCGAGUUCGAACUGAAAAACCUUAUAGACGUUCGUAUACUCACGCAAAACCUCCUUAUUCCUAUAUAUCACUGAUAACUAUGGCUAUACAAAACAGCCCACAAAAAAUGCUAACUUUAUCAGAGAUUUAUCAAUUUAUUAUGGAUUUAUUUCCGUUUUACCGACAAAACCAGCAAAGAUGGCAAAAUUCCAUCAGGCAUUCCCUAUCGUUUAAUGACUGCUUUGUGAAAGUGCCGCGCACUCCGGAUAAGCCUGGCAAAGGCUCGUUUUGGAGCCUCCAUCCAGAAUCCGGCAACAUGUUCGAAAACGGUUGCUAUUUGAGAAGGCAAAAACGAUUUAAAGACGACAAAAAAGAACACGUAAGGCAGCAACACAAAAGCCCGUCGCAUCAUAGCAUGGAUAACAGUAACAGUUCUGGAAAGAAAACACCGUUGCACAGCAAUGAGGAUAAAUCUCAUCAACUAGACAAAAAUAAUGAAAAUAAUUUAAGUUCGAUGAUGAACAUGCAUCCUAGUAAGUUGGACGUCGAUCAAAUGAAUUUACUCAACGCCAACGACUUGAAUAUGCAUCAGCAUCAUCAGAACAUGUCUCACGAAGAACUAUCAGCAAUGAUCAACCGUAGUAACCAUUUAGCGUUAAGUGAACAUCAAGCGAUGCUUCAUCACUCUAAUCCCAUGAAUCAUCAUUUGAAACAGGAACCCACAGGAUACACUCCAUCGAAUCAUCCCUUCUCGAUCACCAGGCUGUUGCCAACUGAAAGUAAGUCAGACAUUAAAAUGUAUGCCGAUAUGGGAUACGGUUACAAUACUUUGAGUCCCUUACCAAACGCCAUUCAUUCUCAUGCGGCAUUAGGCAAUGAUUAUUAUAAUAGUUCUUCUUUGUAUCAUACGUCAACAGGGACUACGAGUUUGUGACAGUAUCCGUUAGCGUAGAGACAGUUUUAUAUUUGACCUCGAAUAAAUUGAAAAAUUUAAUUUAUCAAGGACUAGUUUCAUGUAUCAACAAUUAGUUUGAGAUACUGAAAAUCAGAGGAAUUAAUAUCCAAACUUUAUUUUGUUGAUAUAAGAAUUGAUCCAAUGUAAUAUGGACUUGGAAGCAGAGAAUAGUUGAGUCAAAAUUCUAAUUGUCUUCUUAUCAAAAAUUAAUUCAUGUACCUAAUCAUUUGAGCCCUAAAUUUCGCUUACCAAACACAUAAAUUCAGUAAGAAAAUAUUGAAAUUAAAAUUUUAAAUCAAUAUAACUGUCAGAAAUAAUUAUUUUCGUCUUCAAUAAUUGAUUUAUUUCGGUAACCUACUUACUUUAGUUAUGAAGGAACAAUUCCAAAAGAUUUAUUUUCCUGUCUAGUGCAAGAAGUGAAUUAGACAGAAAAAUUGCUAUAUCGUGUGACAAGAUUUAUAAAAAUUAUAAGCAAGACAUUCUUUAUUCUGUGAUUUCCAAGUCCAGGUCAUUUUUUAAGCCACUUUUGAGGCAUAUGAGGUCAAAAUUUUCCCUUAUUUAAUAGAUUACUAUUUUUGCCUCAAAUGUAGUUCAAUUCCGAAUAGUUUUUUUAUCCGUGUGUUAAAUAAUACCAAUAUCUCGAACCAUUUAUUGCAAAUAUGAUUAUGUUAAAUACAGAUAAAAUCUUGACCCCUAAAACUGAAAGUUCUCUAUGUUAACUUGGUGAAACAAUGGACGUUGUUGUGCAGUGUAUAUAAGUGUAAGAAUUUUUUACCCACAGAAAAGUGUAUGUAUAUAAUAAAGGACGAAUUGUUUUAGAAGCAACUCUGAGUGAUAUUGUUAAAUAUAAAACAUAAAAUAAAAAUAUUACUGUUGUGUGGCAAGCUAUAUCGAUUUUUGAAAAAUCUCAGAAAGAGUUUCGAUCUGACGUAUUAAUUUUUAUAAAACUUUUGUACUACUCUCCUCUGGAUCCGAAUUAUGUGAAAAUUUUAAAAAUAUGUUAUGCUCAUAAUAUUCAAGCCUGGUUUGACUAAAGUGGGCCAUUAUAGUAUAUUUGGAUGAAAAAAUUUAAUCUAAAAGGAUAAUUUUCAGGCCAGGCAUUAAUGUUAUUAGAGCUCUUUUUCUCAAAUUUCAACAGAAAACUAAACGUAACUUCUCAUUUGUUGUUCACUACUUGUUCUGUUUUUUUCUUUUAAUCCCUUUAUAUUUGUUUAAAAUGAACGUUUAAAUGUAUAAAUAAAUAAUUGUACAGUAUCUUUGUAAAAUUGUAAAUUCUUAUUAUAAUAAUGUGAUGUUCUUUUAAUAUACUUAACUAUUUUUUUAAGUAUAUUAAACCCCCAAUAUGAUGGAUUAUGUGCAACAUUGACAGGAUGUGAACUUGUAAAUUGAAAAUUUUUUUGAUGAAAAAGUACCUAUAUUAUUUAUAUGUAAUUGAUAUUUUUUUUGUCAUAAAUAAAUGUUUCACAUCUUAAAAUGCGCUGUGUUAUAUUUUGAUUCCCC